UUGCUGACGCUCACAAGAAAAAUUAGAAACUUUUGCAAUGUUCAAGGAGGAGAUGAAACAAAAGGAAAGUAAAGGCUCGGGAGAUCUUGGUCACCAGCAGCAAAGCAGUGAUAGAGAAGCAGAGCGAAGAAAGAAAAUUGAACAAGAUGUCCAAAGACGCCAAGAAUGUGAGAAAAGAGCUUUUCGAAUUGUGGAAAAAAUGUUAGAUGGUCCUGUUAGUGAAGCCACUCUGCUGCAGGAUGCUUUCAACAUAUGUCCGAAUCACUUUGACGAUAUAGUGGAGGAGCGAGCCAUAGCUAAAAUGUGUGGCUAUCCCAUCUGUCCAAACACUUUAGGACAUAUUCCAAAGCAGAAGUACCAUAUUUCCACUCGGAGCAAUAAGGUGUAUGACAUCACAGCCAGAAAGAAUUUUUGCAGUAACCAGUGUUUCACAGCAUCUCAGUACUUCAGAAGGCAGUUGUUGACAGCUCCACUCUGGGCCAGGGAACAUGUGACUAAUAAACCAAUUAAACUUCUGCCAUUGGGAGUGACACAGGGAGCCACAAGUGGGUUGGAAGGUGACGAAGUAAUUUCCGUGACAUCAGAGAUAAGGCAUGAAGUGCAGUCACUGAAAAGACUUGAGAAAUACGAAUCAAAAGGCAAGGGGAAGCCUGCAAACAAGAGUUCUCACGACCCAGACUUGAUAGAUAUAAAAUCACUAAGAAUCGGUGAUGACGAUGUUUCUUCUAAGCAAGGUACAGAGUCUAGUGCUAGAAGUGCUCAAAAGGAAAAGAUAGCUGUUGAUUACACUGUGACAGAUGAGAAAGAAUUCAAAGACAAAAAGAGUGAUGCUGUAGAGAAAGACAUUCAUCCUAGAUCUGUGGAUGAAGGAAAAUCUGGUAACCAUGGAGAUACAAUGAGUGCUGAAUCAAAGAUGAAAUAUCUUGAGACUUUAUUGAACAAACGAAAACAUUUACUUGUUAAAAUGGCAGAUUUUCAAUCAACAAAACUAGCACCUGAUUCAGGUGAUGAUGAUUCUGUGUCAGGAAAAGAUUGUCUUGGAAUCACAAAAACCGCACCAGGGAAAAAAUGUGACAAUGUGACCUCUGCUUCAGAUUCUGAUGAUGAUAAUGAUGAUAAAACUGAAAUUCAUGAAAGUGUAAAAACAAAUUCUGUCCUGAAGAAAUCAUCAGUCAGUCCAACAGAUAAAUCUUAUUCUGCUUCAUCAUCUGCUGGACAGGCACAAAAAUUAUCAGAUAGAACCUCUAAGGGACCGUCCAAAUCUGUGAUAAAGAUACUAUGUCAGACAUUGAAACAGUGGGUCACCAGGGAAACUAUCGACCUUAUUGUACCACAGGAAUCAGAAGCUCCUGAUGAUGGAAUGGACCAAACAGAAUUUCAGUUAAAAUAUAAUCAACUGUGUCAGAGAAUUGAUGAUAGAGAAAAUGACCUUGACGACAUUGUAGGAGAAUCCAAAAUGGAGGAUCCAUCAUUUCCACAGAAACCAGUUCCAGAUUACAACCUUCUGAGAGAAGAAACGGAAAAUUUUGGUGAAAAAGUGGCACAGUACUUACAGGGCAAGACCAGCACUUCUGUAGUUGUCAAAGAAGUGGUAAAGGACGAGCAGUCAGAAAUCAACCUUCCCACUGUGGACAGUCAUGAUCAGAUGCUAAUUAGGAAGAAAAUUGUGAUGGAAAAACUCAAUCGAUCUAUACCAGAAUUGCUGGUACCUCUAAAGCUAUCCAUGCAAGAGGUGUUUUCAGAAGUCAGACUGCUGGUGUCUACAUUCAGCUUCACCAGUCAGAACAUCAUCUUUAGACCAGCCGAGUGGACUUUGGUCUGUCUCAUUCUCAUUAAAAUUUUGGCGAGAAGACAUCACCACAUAGCUGAAGCCUUCAAGGAAGAGAGUGCUGUGCGUCACUUUGAUAUCCUUCUCCGUCACCUCGGCGACUCUCAGUCAACAGUGGACCAGUAUAUUUCACAAAUCAUUUUAACACCAUUGCUAUGAACUGUUCCGAGUAUAUUGAUUUUCUUAAUUUAAACAAUUUUCCUUACCCUGCAGAAUCUAGUCUGGAAAAUUUUGUGAUUUCAAAAUAUAUUGACAAGAAACACAACCUUUCCUUUGAAGGGAGACAAACUGUUUUAUAUGCUAGUGAUAUCUUAAUCACCUCAUGUACACCUACAUCUACUAGGAUUUUAUACAGUUUGGAAACCAUACAACAGACAUCAAGGUCUUCUAUAAGGUCACAAAGGUCAAACAUUGGUUUUCAGUCUGAUAAUUCACGUUUUCACUGCAGACAUCAUGGUGUUCUAUAAGGUCACAAAGGUCAGACAUUGGUUUUCAGUCUGAUAAUUCACCUUUUCACUGCAGACAUCAUGGUGUUCUAUAAGGUUUCUAAGGUCAAACAUUGAUUUUCAAUCUCUGAUAAUUCACCUUUUUACAUAUUUGUGAAUAUUUAACAAAGGGAGAUAAUUCAAAUUCAUAAAAAGAAAAUCAAACACACCAUAUCAUUUUAUAUUUAUUUAUUGACAAUAUCCUAUAAGAUAUAUCAUGACCUGAUCUCUACCUGACAUGACGAGGGAUUCUAAUACAUAUUCAUCAGCAAUCAUAUUUUAGCAGUUUUUUUUUAAAUCUUUGUUGAGCGUACCACAAUAAAUUCUGUUCAGACAAUGAUUUUCUGUGCCAACAUAUCAGGUAUUGAAGUUUGUUACAUGUGUUAUGUGUUUUCUGCCUAAUUUGACUCUAAGUAAGAGUUCUUAGAUGGCCAAACAUCCAAUGUUAUGAGAUUUAUUCUAUGGGUAUGGUAGGUUGUCUGGAUAUUGUGUUCUACAUGAGUAUUUUAAAUGAAUGUGUGAAGGUUAAACAUUGUUUCUUGCCCCAAUUAUGAUAUCACUUACUGUGUAACCAUGGAAACACAUGAUAAUCACUGUCCAUAUCAUUUUGAAUGCCUAACCUUUGACUCUAACAGUUUUUCAAAUAUCGUACUCUUUCUCACAGAUCACUGAAAAAUGAUCUUACCUAGUGUACAAUGGUGUCUCAAUACCUGUAGACUGUAUGACAUUUUAUAAAUGUUCAACUGAAUUCAGAACUGUUUUACUGACUGCAAUUGAUGAAAAUGGGCCAGGUUUUUUAACAAUACAGACUUGUAAAUGAAUACUUUUCCUAGCAUUCUAAUGUUGGUAUAUCAUAGAAACAAAAAUUUUUUUAGCAUGAAGUGUUAAGUGGUAAGUAAAAAAAACAAACUUCCACAUUCCAUGAAGUCAUAUUUGUACAUAGCUAUCAUAAUAUUUAUAUUGAUUUUUGAAAUGUACAUACAAGACAACAAUAAAAUAAUG